AGCGAGGGAAGAGAAGGGGUUAUGAUCCAACUAAAAAGCUCUUUGCUGUCUGUCUCUCUGUCAAACCUAUGAAUGAAAUAUACAACCAUUUUUUUUUUUUUUUUUUUAAUCCAAGGAAUCUUCUUCAUCUGGUUUCUUCUUCUUCAACCAAAUUUUGCUCAGCUUUCUCUUUCGACAUCUCUUCCUCUUUCUCUUUCAAUUCAUACUUGUUUUUGGUAGAGAAACUCUUUCACUUCUUCAAUACUUAAACAUAAGGUCAUUUCCUCUUGGACAGCCCAACUGUGUUCUUCUCUCCUUCUUCCUCUAUUUCUGAGAUUUUACUCCCUCUCACCUUAACUCUGGGUUCUUAUUCUUAAAUUCUCUUCUUUCUCUUUGUAAGAUUUGAUAUGUUUCUUCUGUUGAAGUACGAAGCUGCUGACGGAAUGAAGAUUUGCAAGUUGCUUUUUCUUGGGAUUGUGUUUAGUGCACUCGUCUUGAGGAUUGACGCCAUGCGGCUGGGCCGGAGUCAACCCACUGAGCGAAUUUCAGGCAGUGCUGGUGAUGUCCUAGAAGAUGAUCCUGUUGGGAGGUUGAAAGUUUUUGUUUACGAGCUUCCAAGCAAAUACAACAAGAAGGUUUUACAAAAAGACCCAAGAUGUCUGACCCACAUGUUUGCUGCUGAGAUCUUUAUGCAUCGAUUUCUUUUAUCCAGCCCAGUUCGAACUCUAAACCCUGAGGAAGCUGAUUGGUUCUACACACCUGUGUAUACAACCUGUGAUCUGACUCCUAAUGGUCUUCCUUUGCCCUUUAAAUCACCAAGAAUGAUGAGAAGUGCAAUACAGCUUAUUUCUUCAAACUGGCCUUUCUGGAAUCGAACAGAAGGAGCUGAUCACUUUUUUCUGGUUCCGCAUGACUUUGGAGCAUGCUUCCAUUAUCAAGAAGAAAAAGCUAUUGAGAGAGGAAUUCUUACCCUGCUCCAACGUGCUACAUUGGUUCAAACUUUUGGACAACGGAAUCAUGUUUGCUUGAAAGAGGGCUCAAUCACAAUUCCUCCUUAUGCCCCCCCACAAAAAAUGCAAACUCAUUUGAUUCCUGAAAAAACUCCAAGGUCUAUCUUUGUUUAUUUCAGGGGAUUGUUUUAUGAUGUGGGGAAUGACCCUGAAGGCGGGUACUACGCAAGAGGUGCGCGUGCAGCAGUGUGGGAGAACUUUAAGGAUAAUCCACUUUUUGACAUUUCCACUGAGCACCCAACCACUUACUAUGAGGACAUGCAGCGGGCUGUCUUCUGCUUGUGUCCACUUGGCUGGGCUCCCUGGAGUCCAAGAUUGGUUGAAGCUGUGAUAUUUGGGUGCAUCCCAGUUAUCAUUGCCGAUGACAUUGUACUGCCAUUUGCCGAUGCAAUCCCAUGGGAAGAAAUUGGAGUAUUUGUGGAUGAGAAGGACGUUCCCAACCUGGACACCAUACUGACAUCAAUCCCGCCAGAAGUAAUAUUGAGGAAACAAAGAUUGCUUGCGAACCCCUCAAUGAAGCAGGCAAUGUUAUUCCCCCAACCUGCUCAGCCAGGAGAUGCUUUUCAUCAGGUUCUAAAUGGACUUGCACGUAAAUUGCCGCAUGACAAGAGUAUCUAUUUGAAGCCAGGUGAGAGGAUCUUAAAUUGGACAGCAGGCCCGGUUGGUGACUUGAAACCAUGGUAACAACCAUUAUUCCUUUAAAAGAGUUUUCUGAUAUUCCUGCCUUCAGACCUUGUGAGGGGGGUCUGUUGAGGGUUACCAUAGAAAAUGUAAAUCAUGAUUUUUGCCAACAUGUAUUAGACCAUAUAUACAGAGCGUCUAGGGGUGGCUGUUUCUUGUAUGUUAUAGCUCAGGUUGUGUUAAGAAUCUGUGUUGGAUGUAUUCAUCGGGGAUGGUUCAUUAGUUAUUGCUGGGUAGGGUGUCAAAGGAAAUUUCAUAAUCUGUUUCCCUUGUAGUAGAGAAAUGGAAAGGAGCAGUUGGAUCUGAUGUUGUUGUUGAGCAAUUCAAUGAAGAGGUUGUGGUUGACUUUUUAA